AUGGGUCCAGCUGAUAGCCCAUUUGAAGGAGGUGUUUUUUUUCUUUCCGUUCACUUCCCACCAAAUUACCCCUCUCGUCCACCAGAGGUUUCUCUCCUCACUAAGGUUUAUCACCCGAACAUCAACAGCGAUGAUGGGAGCAUCUGGAUUGACAUUCUGAGACAGAAUUGGAGCCCUGCACUUACUUUAUCCAAGGUGAUCAUCAAUCCAAACCCUGAUGAAGCUCUGGUUCCAGAAAUAGCUCACAUAUACAAGACAGACCGAGCCAAGUACGAGACCACUGCCCGUUUCUGGACCCAGAUGUAUGCAAUGGACUGA